AUGUCCAAACUGUCAUUCACUGUCCGCAAACCCCCAGCAGCCGACGACGACAGAGCCAGCGACAAAUUUAAGCUCUCAGCACUCCCUCGUCACCUCUCUAGUGCCGCAAGCUCUGCUUCUGGUACCCCAUUCACAGGUUCUCCUCGUACUUUCAGUUCUCGGGAGGAUUCCGACGACGACGACGAGAGCGGGAUCGUGUUUGCUGAUGGUGGGCGUAAAGAUGAGCCUGACUCUAGCGAUGAUGAAGACAACCGUCUCGAGGACGAGCUUAUUACUUCUUUCAACAAGUUCGGUGCACAGCGUGUAAAUGGAAAAAAGCCAAAGACCAAAGCUCCUACGGGCCCUCUUGUCAUCCCUUCGAAGCCAAAUCCUGACUGGCGGGAGGCAGCACGGAAACGUCGUGCAGGUGCUGCACGAUUCAUCCCUGACUCGGCCAAAGCGAACACAGGUGCAGAUGGCAGCGUUGGAGGGCUUGGAACGCGCGAUACCAUCAACUCCGGCCCCCAACUCUCAGGUAUCCAGUUCGGCGACAAGAAAGUCAAAAUCGAGACAAGCACGACAUCUACUGAUGAAGAGACAAGUUUAACAGUAGAAGAACAUGCAAAAAUGGAUGUUGUAGAAGAGACGGAAGACCAAAAAGCCCUUCGUGCGCUGCUAGCUGGAGAUAUGGACUCGGCUCCCCAGAUCGAUACCAUUCCCGUUCCUCCCAGCGAAACUGACGCCCUCCAACAAGACGUCGCUGAUCUUCCGGAUGUUGCUACUAUCGAUGACUAUGCGCGUGUACCCAUCACUGCGUUUGGAGCUGCUAUGCUCCGCGGCAUGGGUUGGGUGGACGGCGGGGCUGUUACAAACUCAGAGAGAGCGAAAAAGAAUGCGCUGGUGGAGCCUUACCUACCUAAAUCACGCCCUGCACUCUUGGGUAUUGGAGCAAAGGAGCAGGAGAAGAAACGGCGAGGAGACGAGAGGCGGUAUAUCCCGCUUGUGAGACAGGAGAGCAGUAGGGAGGAAAGCAGGAAUGGGAGUGCGACUGUUUCGAGAAGGGCUUCGCGGUCACCUGAGUGGAGGAGAGGAGGAGAGAACAGUAGGAAGGAUGAUGAUCAUGAGAGGAGGAGUGAUAGAAGGAGGGAUGAUGACCGCGACAAGCCUAGGAGAGAAAGUAAUCGCGAUAGGCGACGAGAACGCGACCGUGACGAUCUGGGAGACAGAGACCGGGAUGACAGGAGGAGACGAGACGGCAGUAGAAGGAAUAGUGACACGGACUUGGACCGAAGGGACCGAGAUCGUGAUGUCGAUAAACGUCGUGACAGAGUCCGGGACUAUGACGACCGCGAUCGACGCAGAGAUGGUGAGAGCAAACGGGAAGGACGGGACAGACGAGAUUGA